AGACAAGAUUGUCUCCGGUGCUGAAUCAAACAUGAAAGGAAACAGUCUCACACUCUCAGUUCAGUCCAGUCAUGACGGGGAGUAUGUGUGUCAAGCUGAGCUGCACGACAGAAAGGUGACGACUGAAAAAGUGCACCGCAUUCGUUAACGGUUAAAGCUCUGCCUAAACCGCAAAUCCAGUCUGAAUGGACAGAAGCGUUUACUGGUGAAGAAGUCUCUUUGCAGUGUUUGAUUCCAAACGAUUCUGAAAACUGGACUUAUAUGUGGUUCAGGGGCUCAGACAAGAUUGUCUCCGGUGCUGAAUCAAACAUGAAAGGAAACAGUCUCACACUCUCAGUUCAGUCCAGUCAUGACGGGGAGUAUGUGUGUCAAGCUGAGCUGCACGACAGAAAGGUGACGACUGGAAAAAGUGCACCGCAUUCGUUAACAGUUAAAGUGCCACCUAAACCAAAGCUGUCAAUCAUGUCUAAAUGGAAAACAUUUUACCAGACUGAAAAACUGUCUCUGAAGUGUUCAGUCAGUGAAGAUUCAAAUAAAUGGGACUAUGAAUGGUUCAGAAACGGAUCUGAGGUUCACAAGGACGAAGACAUUUCCUUUUCUGGCGACACACUCUCCAUCAGCUCAGCUAAAGCGGCUCAUUCAGGACAGUACACCUGCAGAGGAAAACACCAGACGAGGACACCAGUGACUACAGGACAAGCUGACGCUGUGCAACUUCAUGUGCAGGCUCUGCCAAAACCACAAAUCCAGUCUGAAUGGACAGAAGCGUUUACUGGUGAAGAAGUCUCUUUGCAGUGUUUGAUUCCAAACGAUUCUGAAAACUGGACUUAUAUGUGGUUCAGGGGCUCAGACAAGAUUGUCUCCGGUGCUGAAUCAAACAUGAAAGGAAACAGUCUCACACUCUCAGUUCAGUCCAGUCAUGACGGGGAGUAUGUGUGUCAAGCUGAGCUGCACGACAGAAAGGUGACGACUGAAAAAAGUGCACCGCAUUCGUUAACGGUUAAAGUGCCACCUAAACCAAAGCUGUCAAUCACGUCUAAAUGGAAAACAUUUUACCAGACUGAAAAACUGUCUCUGAAGUGUUCAGUCAGUGAAGAUUCAAAUAAAUGGGACUAUGAAUGGUUCAGAAACGGAUCUGAGGUUCACAAGGACGAGGACAUUUCCUUUUCUGGAGACACACUGUCCAUCAGCUCAGCUAAAGCGGCUCAUUCAGGACAGUACACCUGCAGAGGAAAACACCAGACGAGAACACCAGUGACUACAGGACAAGCUGACGCUGUGCAACUUCAUGUUCAGGCUCUGCCUAAACUACAAAUCCAGUCUGAAUGGACAGAAGCAUUUCCUAGUGAAAAAGUCUCUUUGCAGUGUUUGAUUCAAAACGAUUCUGAAAACUGGACUUAUAUGUGGUUCAGGGGCUCAGACAAGAUUGUCUCCGGUGCUGAAUCAAACAUGAAAGGAAACAGUCUCACACUCUCAGUUCAGUCCAGUCAUGACGGGGAGUAUGUGUGUCAAGCUGAGCUGCACCACAGAAAGGUGACGACUGAAAAAAGUGCACCGCAUUCGUUAAAAGUCCACGGAUCACAGCCAACAAUCCUUCUGCGGCAAGUUCCGCCCUACCCAGAGAUCUACACGGGAGAACAAGUCAAACUCACUUGUGGCAUUAAAGAGCGAACUUCAAAAUGGCAAUAUCUUUGGGAAAAAAAUUCAAAGCAAGUAAACACCGACCUCAGCAAUCCCAAUUACACUAUUCCAAAGGCUUCACUCUCUCAAAAAGGAGAAUACACUUGUCAGAUAAGAAGGAGAGAGAUGACAUUCACAAAGUCUACAAAUCUGACUAUAAAAAUGCCACCUAAACCAAAGCUGUCAAUCACGUCUAAAUGGAAAACAUUUUACCAGACUGAAAAACUGUCUCUGAAGUGUUCAGUCAGUGAAGAUUCAAAUAAAUGGGACUAUGAAUGGUUCAGAAACGGAUCUGAGGUUCACAAAAACGAGGACAUUUCCUUUUCUGGAGACACACUGUCCAUCAGCUCAGCUAAAGCGGCUCAUUCAGGACAGUACACCUGCAGAGGAAAACACCAGACGAGGACACCAGUGACUACAGGACAAGCUGACGCUGUGCAACUUCAAAUUGAUGACAUAACCCCAAACCCAACCAUUACAAAACAUGAGUGGUUUGAAUUGUUCUACACCGAGGAACGACUCCAUCUUGACUGUAACAUGUCAGGAGUUGGCUGGGUAUACCACUGGCAUAAAGACUCAAAUCAUCUGAUCACAAAUCCAGAGUUGACCAUCAAAUCAGUAUCUCACAGUAACACCGGUGACUAUUACUGCAAAGCAAAGAGAGGAGACUUCUCGGUGGACAGUGAGACUCUACAACUGCGAGUUGAAGCUCGUCCGCCUGCACUCCUGAGUCUGGAGACUGAACUGGGUGACAUUAUGACUGGGUAUAUGACUCUGAGGUGUAACGUCUCAGACGGCAGAAACUGGAACUACACCUGGUUCAUGGACGGACAGCAGCUCAACGCAUCCUCAGAUGUACUCAGAGUGACAGGAAAUGAAGAAAACAUCAGAAGGGAAUUCAAGUGCAAGGGAAUUAACACAGUGAGACCGCUGUACUCCGCUCUGAGUGACGGCUUCAUAGCCAAUAAUAUUAUAUUCAAGAGAAAAAUCCUGCUGGCCAUCUCAGGGUGUCUCGUCUGCUGCUUCAUCAUCCUGAUCAUUGGAUGCAUCGUUCUAAAAAUCACCCGGAAACCAGAGGUAAAAGACACAGCACAAGAGGACUUGUUCUUCUCAAUGACAGACUUCAAGAACCAAACUGCUUCCCCCAUGAAGGAGUACAUGGACAACAGACCAUCAGAGCUGGAGGACUGUGAGGAAAAAGAGGAACUGAUCACUGACCGAGCUUCAGCCGCUCACGAGGAUGCUGUGAUUAAAGACGAAGAAAAACCAGCGUCAGAAGCCAAUGGCCUGACAUCAUUUAAAGGAUUCUGAACCAUUUUGCCAGGAAUCACCAUCAUGAAGCAGCUCCUACAUUUUAAAAGCUAAAAACAGAUAAAUGUAGAGCUGAACUGCUGUGGAGAGAUACAGCCUUAAAUAAAGACAUUGAUUGUAGGAGGAGGUAAAUAUUACUAUAUAUAUAUAUAUAUAUAUAUAUAUAUAUAUAU